ACAGAAAACUCCAGAGUGAGGGUAGAAGUCUUUUCUUUCUCUUAUUAGAGGACACAUUUGUGCAAAGAGUCUAAAGUAAAGAUGCUGUGGAGUCUGUUGUUCAUCACUUUGAUUGGAAGAUCAACUCAACAGGAUCCAGGAUGGGAAACUAUCAAACUGGAUGACAAAGUGGCAUUUCAGUCUUCAGUCUACACAGUAAAUGGUCUCAACUACUCUGCUGACAGAGCUUUUGACGGAAAUUAUUCAACAUGUUCUAACACUGUAGAACAACAGCCCACCAGCUGGUGGACAGUUGACUUAUUGGGUCUAUAUGAAAUUUCCUGCAUCAGCAUUUACAACAAAGAUCAACACAAUGUCGAUCUAAGUAGCGCUCACAUCCUCAUCGGGAACUCAUCUGAGAGAAAUGCUGCUGACACCACUGAGUGUGCAACAAUCAACACAACUAUUAGUGGAGGAAAUAAAGCAUUUAACUGUGAAAAUGGACCAAAGUGGGGGCGUUAUGUAACUGUGUACAAAGACACACCUGGGCUUGUGAUUCUGUGUGAGGUGACGAUGAAAGGCAUAAAAAAAGAGCCCUUUAAACUGAUUAAAGAGAACAAGACAUGGGCAGACGCCCUGUACCACUGCAGACAGGAACACAUGCAUCUGGUUUCCAUCCUUGAUAACGAGACCCAGGUCUGGGUUGAGUUGGAGGCUCAGAAGGCUGACACUCCCUUUGUCUGGCUGGGUCUUCACUACAGCUGCACCCUGCACCUCUGGUUCUGGGCUGAUGAUCAUUGUGUAGGUUUUGAUCAGUGGGCUGACAAGACAAGAACAGCAGACUGUAGCAUAAGUGGUGCCAUGAAUACAAGUGGGAACCAUUUGUGGUACAAGAAGUCUAUUUAUGAUAAAUAUAAUUUCAUCUGUGCAGUGUAAGAAGAUUCAUGGGUUGGUUUUGUUUAUUCAGUUAGACAGGUGUCAGUAGUGGCUUGUUGGGUUGUAGCAAACUUUCCUCUAAUAAAUCAAAGGUGAUGGGUUCAGGCUCAGUGUAG